UAUCGAUAAAAAUUGUCAAAAGAAUGCUCGAAUUUGGAUCACUAGUAAAGGGCUCAGCUCCAUUAGUAGGUGUUCCAUUAUCAUGAUACUUGUAUCAAAUCAAUGCUAAAUACAAUAAUCAACCUCAUGAUAUCUUGCCCAAAGAUAUGUUGAUUCAUUCUAAAAUGAUCGAAUACGACAAAAAUAGUAAUUUAAAUGAUAAAUACACCGUAUAUAGUGACACUUUUAUAAGUGAAGAAAUUGAUAUGUCAGAAAACAUACUGAAGAUAUUCGGAAAUAAAAAAAAUUUAAAUGAGCAUGUUUUAUUAAAAUGUUUCAACACAAAAUUAUUUAAGCUAGAAGCAAAGUUGAUUGGCAAAGAAAAAUUUCUUAAAAAACCAAAAACCCUAGACACAAUUGUUGAAAAUAAGAUUCAAAAUCAGGAUAGUAAUUAUAUCUACAUUGAUGACAAUAAUAACAUUGUUGAUAUUUUUGAAGUUAUAACAUUCUCCAGUAAUUCUUAUCUUCUAAAAUGGCAAAUGUAUCUAAAAUAUUUGGUGGCUUUUUUUGAAAAAAUAUCAAAUUGUGGGUCUCCAUGGAGAUUAACAAAUGGAGGAUUUCUGGAAAUAUUUAUCUGGUUUAUACCAAAUCAGAAAGAUUAAAAAACCGAAAAACUGAACUCAAACGACUUAUAUAGUCUGGACAACAUAAAAAGCGCUGGUAAACUUCAAAUAUAUUUUUCUUGUAUCCUUGAGUAUAACGAAUUUAGCAAUGUUCAAAAGGAAGUGCCCGCAUUUGCAAUUUGGUUACAUAGACUUUAUACUAAAUUAUUGUUGGAUAUAGCAAUAGAG